AUGACCGACGGCCAGCACCCGACGACGAAGCAAGUGACCAAGGACAUCAAUGGCAUUGCCACGACGCUGAUCGUGUCCGAGUUCAGCGACCGUCUCUUCAUCGCAGCGACGCAGCUUGGCACGUUUGGCACCAUUCUCGAAGCCACGAGCACCGAGUCGUUCAACGGCAAUGCGAGCGCCAACAUUGCCAUUCGCCUCGGGAAGCGCGACGACCCGCUUCUGCUCGUGUAUGCCCGCCAGUUCCUCGAGCAUUUUGGCAUGCCCCGUGGCAAGGCCAUUGUCGCCGCCGUCGGCCUCAAGGACCGAAGUGCGCCGACGUUCGAGGCGAUCAUGACGACGAUCAAAGCCGAGCUCUUGCACUAA